AUGGAACCGAACCGACUCUGGCACGACCCAGUCGUUGAAAUAUACAGCAACCUUAUAACCCCUGGGAUACGAUGCUCUGCAGAGGGAUACGAUCUAGCCAAUCGUCGCUGGUACUGUCUAAAGGUCGAAGCAGAGAUCGACGAUGAUCAAUUGCUAUCAUCAACAAUCGCUGGGCACCUUCGACAGUAUUACGCUGCAAAUCGAAAGGAGCCGCCCUGGAAUACAAUCCGGAUAAACGCAGACAUCGUGGAGGGCAGCCUAGUCACUUUUGACUACCAACCCUGUGAUAAAGUCAACAGACCAAUCCGAAAGUCACUUUAUUACGGGCACAAACGCACUGAUAGAUUGCCAACCACGGACAUUGACAAUCUUAAGAAUUUGACCUAUAUUAGUCGCUCGGCAGACCGGUGUACCUGGAAUGACGACCAAGACUGUGUCUUUAAGCGCAUUGAGUUUGAUGUUGAUAUAGAGGUUAUUAAGGACGAGAUUCAGACGCGCGAGACUCUUAUCCGCGCCAUACAUGUAGGUCAAAUACCAGCGACUCAAAUCAGUGGUGAGAUGGUUCAAAUUAGUGGUGAGAUGGUUAGGCGCUUCUGCCUUGUCCCCAUUCUUGCCGUUGUUAUCGGCGACAGAAAGCCCUGGAAGCCUGGCACUGUUGCAGGCAUCCUAAUGCCGUAUGCUGGCAAGGAUUUAGAAAGUUUGGUUCGAAACAGCAACGCCGACCUGCCACUCACCCUAACACAACUUCUCGACCUGGUUCGCGGUGUUCGAGAGCUUGCCAAAUCUGGUGUGCAACACGGUGACAUAACGUAUUGGAACACGGUGACAUAA